GAUUAGAAAUAAUUUUUUUUCUUUUGAUUUCCUGAGAGACCCCCCAAAAAAAAAAGAAUUUGACUCUUUCAGGGAUCAAAGAAGUUAACAAUUUUUUUUCCUUAUCUUUUGACAAAUUCCAUAUUUUAUUAUGAUGAUUGUAUGAAUAUUAUAAUUUAUAAGAUAUGAUAUCAUGUUUUUUUUGUAAAGGGAGGAAAAUAAUGAAGUGAGAAUGUUCUGUUUUUCAUGUUGUAUGUCAUCAUCAUCAGAUCAGGACAAAAUUAAUCAUACAAAUUCUUUGGCAAAAAGUAUUCAUCAUCAAGAACAACAAAAAGAUACCAAAUCUAUUGCCUCAUUUGCCAACAUUUCUAUUAAAACUGAUAGCAGUAGAAGGAAAUACAUAGUUGAAGAGAUAGAAAAGUAUGGGAAAGGAAACAUUUCAGCUCAGACAAUCACAUACAAUGACUUGUGUCUUGCAACUAACAACUUUGACUCUGAGUGUUUGCUUGGUGAAGGUGGUUUUGGGAAAGUCUACAAGGGCCACAUUCAAAGCAAGAACAAAGACGUGGCUGUAAAGCAGCUUGAUAGGAAUGGGUUCCAAGGAAACAGAGAGUUCCUUGUGGAGGUUCUGUUGUUGAGCCUUCUUCAUCACCCUAACCUUGUUACUUUGGAAGCAUACUGUUCAGACGGUGAUCAACGAGUAUUAGUAUAUGAGUUCAUGUCAAAUGGUUCACUGGAAGAUCAUCUUCUUGAGAUUGGUCCAGAACAAAAGCCACUUGAUUGGAUUACAAGGAUGAAAAUCGCGGAAGGAGCAGCAAAAGGACUUGAAUACUUGCACGAAACAGCUAAUCCUUCAGUAAUUUACCGCGACUUUAAAGCUUCCAACAUACUUCUAGAUGAGAAAUUCAAUCCUAAGCUUUCUGAUUUUGGACUAGCUAAGCUAGGUCCAACUGGUGAUAAGACUCAUGUUUCCACCAGGGUCAUGGGAACCUACGGAUAUUGUGCACCGGAGUAUGCUUCCACCGGUCAAUUGACCACUAAAUCUGAUGUUUACAGCUUUGGAGUUGUGUUUUUGGAGAUCAUCACAGGAAGAAGAGUUAUUGAUAACUCCUUACCUAGCGAAGAACAGAACCUUGUUGUGUGGGCAACACCACUGUUCAGAGACAAGACGAAGUUUCAUUUAAUGGCGGAUCCAUUGAUGGGAGAGGAUUAUCCAAUGAAGGCAUUGUACCAAGCACUAGCCAUAGCAGCAAUGUGCUUGCAAGAGGAAGCUGGGACACGGCCUUUGAUGAGCGACGUGGUGACUGCUUUGGAGUUUCUAUCAGGGAACAAGAAAGAAUUAGACGCAGAGGAUGAGGACGAGGACGAAGAUGAGGAGGGAACAUGCAAAUCCCCACCUGCAUUGCAAAGUUUUACAAGUAGACUUGAACGUGCUGAUACAAAUGGCAUUAGAGAAAGAGACUAAAACCAAAAACAUUUUUCGAGCUUUUGAAGAUUAUGUAUAUAAUUUUGCAGGCGACUAAAACCUUCUGUGAAUAUAUAAACUUUUUUGUUUCCUAA